AACGCCCAUUGACGAGCGAAGCAGUACUGCUCGAAACCCGAAAGGAAAGUGGUUUCGCAAGCCGCAAGCGUUCAUCGAGCGCUGAUUGAUCACAGUAUGAUCUGCUACAAUCGCCGAUUUCUAACCAAAUGAGCAUAUGGUGAAACAGUGAUGCCAAAGUAGCAGAGUUGCAACAUCUGCUUUACUUCAUUUAAACACAACUAGAAAAUUGUUUGGGAUCUGAUCCGAUGAGAUCUCGGCCGGCAUCGCCGGCGAGAUCUGCAUCUAGGGGUGUUGCUUUGGGAGUGGAGGGUGGUUUGAAGGCCCGGUCGAGGUCUGGAUGGAGGGUGGCUGGGGCUGGUUGUGGCCGUGGUGAUCGGGGUGACGGAGUCCUGCGGUAUUCGGGCAAAGAAGAUGGUUCUGGUUCAUCGGAUCGUGCGAAAGCGGGUUGAGUGCAACCGGAUUCCAGCUUGGUGCAAGAAGUGGAUUCACAGGUGGGGGUGCGUGAUACAGGAAGAGGUCCAAUGGAGGAAGAGGCGAAUGAAUCUCACCGUUUAAACUUACCCAACCGUGGGGAGCGUUUAGAUGAAGGUAUCGGGCUGGGUGUUGGAUAUGGGCCUUUGGAUCCUGUGGCGGGGUCUUCGUCGGAGAGGGAUGUGGUUGGAUCGCCGGGAGCGCCCGAACCGGUUGGGACUGUGGCCGGCGGGUUAAUGGAUUCUCGUGAUUUGCGUGAUCUGGUGAGGGGUGGUACGAGUUUUUCGGCGGCAAUCCCGACGUCUUUUCCAGCGGGGUUCCCUCCCCCUUCAGUGGAUGCGAUUGAUGCUAUCACAUCAAAUUUCCCUAAUGAUAGCAAGAUUUCAGUGAGUGGACAGAUUGCUCAAUCUUCUCCAGUUCAUUAUGGGGAGGCUGGGCCGAAUGGGUCUGUGGAGCCCAUGCAUGGAAGGGCAAGCCGUGAUGGGCUGGGGGGUGAACUCGGGGUGGGCCCCAAGAGUGAUCGGCCUAUAGGCCUGAGUGUAGAGGUUCGCUUGAUUCUUGUUCGGGGCCCAAUGGGUCAGGUCUCUAUACCCAUGGCUUGGCUGGAAGAUUGGAUGGCAGCCCACGUUUUCGUGGCCCAGGUGUGCAGCCAUAUUGUGCUUCUUUGGGUCCUACAGAGGGUGGGCCUAACGCUGGGGGUUUGGGCAGUUCUGAAGCUGGGCUUUGUGAGUGUAGGAAGCAGGCUGUGCAUGAUGGAUCCUUUCCUGCGCAUGGUAUUCCCAUUGGAGGAAGUAAAUCUUCUUGGGCUGGAUUGGUUGAACCUUGCAACCAUCAUAUGCCCAAAAAAUUGGCAAAUUCACCAAUUAAUUUUCCAGCAGAUGGCCCCACGGUGCGUUUUUCGGAUGAUGUUAUCGAUAAAGGCAUGCAGUAUUGGUGUAAUACUUUGGUGGGUUACUUCAUUGAUGGACUGCUCUCUUUCCAAGUGGUGCAAGCGAUUGCUCGGCGAUUCUGGCAACCCUUUGGUCUCAUUGAGGUAAUUUCGAAUAACUCAGGUUAUUUCUGAUUUCGUUUUGAUGGUGAGGACAAUAUGAUGAAAGUGUUUGAUGGGGGACCCUGGUAUUUUGCUCGGCGGCCGUUAAUUUUGAGAAUUUGGGAAGUGGGCAUGGAUCUUUCCCAGACUACCCAUACGUCUUUGCCCUUAUGGGUCAAAAUUUUUAACAUUCCUUUGGAAGGAUGGAACGAGAAGGGUAUUGCUAUGGUUGCUAGUGCUCUUGGAAGACCAAUUCAUGUGGAUUCUAUGUCACAGGAUUGGUCUCAGAUCGGUUUUGCUCAGGUGUGUGUAGAGAUGGAUGUAUCCUCAGAGUUUCCUAGGCAUAUCAAUUUGUAUCGAGGCAUUGAUGAUAGCACGGGGGAGCCCAAGCUGUUGCGAAUGCCUGUGGAAUACCACUGGAUGCCGUCUGUUUGUUCCCACUGUCGGGUUUUCGGCCAUGCUUUAGCCCGUUGCCCAAACGGGCCUACUCAGCCUACCCAGAUGGUUCAGAGAACGACCGUUUCGGCCCAGAAGCCAUCUCAUGGUAAGGGGCAACACGAGAGCACUCUGCAGGAAGUGUCAUAUUCGUCAUUGAAUAGGAUUGCAGAGCAUGCAUCUACGUCUUCCCCUGUUCCGACGAGAGAGGCGGGAGUGUUGAUGGCGAAUCGGUUCUGUACCGUAUUAGAGGCUGAUAUGGAUAUUCCCUCUUCUGAAGAUGUGGUUUGUUCAGAGGAGAUGGGGGGUGUGGCUGUGACAGAUAUGGUGCUUGAAGAGAAGGGAAAGCGAGAUCGAGCUGUGGAGGAAGAUAGUUCAUGUUCGGGAUCUGAGUACUUUCCACCCAAAUCCAAGAAACAGCGAAAGAGAGAGCGGAAGAAAAAAUAUGCCCUGGCUAUGCGGGCUCUCUAUGGCCGGAAGAAAAAAUAUAUGUAGUUUUUGUUUUGGGUGUGUUUUGUCUUGUGUCCUCGUUGUUUGAGGCUGCUUGUUUCUUUUUGUUGCGGAGGAUGCCCCUGCUUGGUUUGUAGUCAGUUUCUCGUUUUUCCGGUAAUAUAUUUUACUUACUGAAGAAAAAAUAUGAUUUUUGUAAGUUUAAUUUAAAAUUUUUCCUGCCAAACAGGGAUUCCAAAGUAGCAGAGUUGCAACAUCUGCUUUACUUCCUUUAUACACAACUAGAAAAUUGUUUGGGUAGUACGUACAGAGGAUUCUAUAGCAUGGACUACUAGAUUUAGGGGAAUGAGAAUUGUUGAACCUUUUGCUCCAUUUGACAUCAUUGCUAUGGUUGUGAUCAUUUAGCAGCAAAGUUAUGUCCUGCUUUUUCAUUUUAUUU